UGUGGUGAGGACGUCUCUCCCUCACGGACAUAAUACGAGGCGGGAGGAAAGCCAUGACAGUCAUACACAAGAGUGUCAAUCUAGGACUUAAAAGUUUAGAAAUCAAAGGUGUUUAUCAAGUAUGUAAAGCGAUACAACCGUACAGCAUCAUAGUACAGUAUUGAAAAAAAAAUUGAAUUAUUAUAAGAGAUGACGCAGGUGUGAGGCACCAUGCGUCUGGUGCGGCGGCGGGGGUUAGCGUGGCGGGAGGCGGCGAAGGCGGCGGCCGCCAGGACCCGCCCUCAGACCCCCACUGACCGCUGGGCCAACCUCCUGCAGCAGUUACAGGCCCCUCGCCCGUGCGACCAUCCCACCUGCAGAGGAGGACACCUGCCUGGGGAGAACCACAACAUUCCCACCAUCAGGAGGGAGUCGCGGGCGGUGGUUGAAGAGCGGAAAGCGAGGCAAGAGGAGGAAUUCCGGGGAUUUACAAAGAAGCUCUUGGUGCUGCUGGCGAUACUUCUGGCCGCCCUCACCGCCCUCGUACUGUACACACUGCUCUCUUCUCCAAACCUCCUUCCAGCCUCUGCCUACGACUACAACUCUGACGAGCAACCGGCCGAAGACACCUAACUAUUGUUCGCCACCAGGAACAGUCUUCUUCUACUCGGAGACAGUAACAUCAGUGCCAUCUGGUGGCGGCCGCAGCACGCCAACGAUGUCUACAAAAAUGCCUGAUGGAAGGCGCGGACAAAAACAUUGCGAAAACGGUACAUUGGGCUUCUUUUUUUUUUUAUCUGUUGUCGGGCACUGAAUCAAUAUAUCAAAACCAGAACACUCAGUAACACUCAUGAACGCCAAACUGAUUCGUCUUGCCCUUGGGAGGUACGGUCACGGUCAUUAGUGGAAUAACCUGACGCACUGACCUCCAAUGUGCAGCACCUCCCCUGAAGUCCCGCUAACAACCCAGCAGUUAUCAUAUUUUGUAAUAAAUCAGAUCUGAGGACUUGAGACAGGGUAAGAACGCCUAAUACAGUGGAGGAGAGCGCAGCAGGUUAAUCGACUAUUGAUAUGACUUUACAACUUGCGAUUUUAGCUGCUCAACGAAACCUUACACGUAUGUUAACCCAUGAUGUUUUGCUACCACAUCCCUGAAAACGGUCACUCCAGUCAUACCUACCCACUCCUUAAUCAGACGAUCAUUAAUCAGAGCGAUCCAGCCAUCAAUCCAACAACGGGAGCCAAUCACUGCCUGCCUCGCCUAGUAACGAAUGACCACUUAAUUACCCCCGGGAGAGCCCAUCACUUCCCUCCUGAAGGGUUGAGGGGUGACAGCAGUGCGUGAUGAUGGUGGCAGUGGUGGUGGUGAGGCGGAAAUUAAAAACGAUUUUUUUUCUUUUUUUUUUUCACUGAAAAACAAGUGACAUUUAAUUGGUACGUGUGCGUGCGUGCGUGUGUGUGUGUGUGUGUGUGUGUGUGUGUGUGUGUGUGUGUGUGUUUUACACGUGCCGGAGUUUAGAUCGCCAGCUAUACCCUCCCAGUGGAAGCUCAUAUAGCACGGUUAAUGGGCUAAUAUUGAUAAGCAGCUAUCACACUAGAACGAUUUUCUGUGAACCGUCGAUUCCCGGUCUUCUGACUCUGCCAAGCACACAUACACGUACGCGGGCUUUCUAGCGUCUGGUACCGUCGUCAUUCGACUUGCAUCUCAACAAUUAUGGCGGAUUUGCUUACAAGAGACGGAAUGUUUUCCAGCGAUGUUCAUGACAUACGAACGUUAAUUUAAUUUGUGAAGCAGAUGAGAGAUUAGGUCGUUAGGCCAGAUUAUGGUUACACCCUGCAAGCUUUAGUAAAGUUAAUUAAGGUUAGGCCCCACAGGGUCAGGUUAGACCCCUGCUGAGCUAAUUUGAGGUUAGGCCACCUCAGGGUUAAAUUUUGGAUUAUGCAUGCCUAAUACUUUUCUUUUUGUCUUGGAGUUUUUGGUUUAGAUGUAAUGAAUAUCGAUUAAAUCGGUAUCUUGUCCUAGGUUCUUAAAAUCUAAAGAAUUAACUUCCUUCAAGGCUGGCAGGUUCCUCAACAUUUCAAUGAGGGAUACCUCAGCAUCUCUCCACCAUCUUAUUCUUCCCUAAGAAUUGGACAUGCUGCUCGGCACUUCCUUGACUUGAGAAAUACAUGCAAAAACAACAAUCAAAACAUGUCUGGAUUUGUUUAGCUGGCUCUUCUACGUGCAUACUGAUAAUUUUCACUCUUUAAUAAUUUCUCACUCACCUGGCCUUCAUGCGUAGGUAAUAAACAUAUAUUUUAUAGGUAUUUGAUUUGUAUGAUCUGAGAUAUAACGUUAUAAAUAUCACUAUGAUCUUGCAAGAUUAGGAAACAACCCAGUGCCGCUUUUUACCAACAACUGACGAAACUGCGUCUUAAAUAAUCCGGGAAGCAAGCAAGCAAGUUCCAAUAUAUAUAUAUAUAUAUAUAUAUAUAUAUAUAUAUAUAUAUAUAUAUAUAUAUAUAUAUAUAUAUAUAUAUA